AAUUGAUGAGCUUGCUCAGAUUCAGGAUGCCAUGAGCGCUGUCACCCAUAUCAUGGCCGAUGACAUCGAUAGUGCUGAAGAGCAUCUCCGAAAGGGUCACUCGCCAUUCCACCAGCUGGGAGUCGGUGUCUGCAUGUUCAUGCGAGCAACCUUGGGAUUCGAGCAAGAUGUUAUGCGUGAAGCCAACGACAUGCUCUAUACUGCCGAGACUGGCGCAUACGAAAGCCAGCGAAGAGUCACCAAGGACGCAAACUCGUUUCGCUCGAACAUCUACCCUCCAGGAACCGAAUAUGCCGUAUGUCAGGCGGAGGCACAGUUGAUGAGCGCUGUUGUCGGGGUGCUGAACGAAAGCUUGACCGAAGCUCUCAAGAGUUUCUAUAAGCUACGAAAGGCGUACAUUACGUUGGAAAGUGUGAUGGAGGCGGAAAGAACAUUCCUACGUACAAAGAGUUCAAGCAGUCUGAACUCAGCAACGACCUCGCGCACGACUUCGAGACCGGCGUCCAUUCGAUCUACAGGCGGAAGCACGCUCAAGAAGACACUUUCCAAGACACCCUCGCUCCGCAAGUCCACGAACCCCUCGACCACAAGCUUGGAGCAGACCGGAGCAAAGCCCACAACAGUACAAACAAAGAACAACAAUGGCGAUAGCGAUAACGAGUUCGACUUCGUUGAUGCUGAGCAAGAGCGAGGUGCUCAGACGCCGUUGGAAUACACAGGUCAUCUCAACCUACCCGUUCAAGGGGGGUCGGUCGCAUUGAACAAUGCGCAAAAAGAGGUGGACGUCAAUGCAAGCUCCGCACCAGGUCUGCCUGCCGGGAACUCGCAAGAUACUUCUGUCCCAGACCCGAUCGCCGAAUUCGAGAACCUCGUGUUGAAGGACGACAAUGGAGUGGCCAGUGUAUCAGAAUUCACCGAGCAUCCCAUUGAUGAAUUCAUCAUCUCUGGAGCUAGCUUCUGCUUUGGCAUUCUGCUGGUGAUCGUGUCAAUGGUUCCGCCGGCCUUCGCAUCCGUGCUCAAAGUUAUCGGCUUCAAGGGAGACAAGGAUCGUGGUCUUCGGAUGCUUUGGCAGGCAACCAAGUUCAACAAUAUACACGGUGCCAUGGCUGGCGUUGUGCUGAUGGGCUUCUUCAAUGGUUUCGUCGGCUUCUGCGACAUCAUCCCGCAGACCGGCGAGGGUGCAUACCCAGAGAGAAGAUGCAAAGCACUUAUGGCGGAGAUGAGAAGGAGGUACCCGAAGAGUCAUCUGUGGCUACUUGAGGAGGCUCGCAUGAUAUCUAGGGAGAAAGAGCUGGAACGCUCUGUUCAAUUCUUGGAAGACAUCGGCAAGUCGCCUUUCAAGCAGCUUGAGGCCUUGAGCUGGUUCGAACGCUCCCUGGAUCUUAUGUACAUGCACGACUAUGUAAAGACCAGUACCGCCUUCCAGACUUGCAUCACGCUCAACAACUGGAGUCACGGACUGUACUACUACAUUUGCGGAGCUUCCUACGUUGAGCUAUACCGACGAGCCAAGGUUACGGACCCGAAAGCUGCACAGGCCUACGCAGACCAGGCAAACGAGUAUUUCAAGCAGGUCAUUCCCAACAUUGGCAAGAAGAAGUUCAUGGGUCGUCAGUUACCAUUCGACACAUUUGUCAACCGCAAGAUCUCGAGGUGGGAGGCACGUGCGAAGGAAUGGAACUGUCCCUUCAUCGACGCUAUUGGUGUUUCGCCCAUCGAGGAGAUGAUCUACUUUUGGAACGGCUACAAGCGCAUGCGUCCUGAGCAUUUGCAGCACUCGCUCGAGAAUCUCGCAUGGAGCGAAUCGUCCGCGAAUCCUCACUGGGCAAAGGAAGACUUGAACGAGAAAGCCAUCCUUUCCACGCUCCGCGCCGUAACAUUACGCACUUUGGGCCAAACGGCCGAAGCUAAGGAGAUCUUGCAGAAGGAGGUCAUCGUCCAUGAUGCCACGGCAUUUGCAGGCGCUUUGAAGGAUGAUUGGAUGCCCCCAGUUGCGCGAUACGAGAUGGCGGCGUGCAUGUGGCAAGAAGCCGAUGCCGAUGGUAACCCACAGGCACACCAGGACCAGCUGAACCAAUGUAAGACGUGGCUCGAGGCUGCAGGUAGCUGGGGUGGAUAUGUCUUGGAUGCAAGAAUCGGUAUGAAGAUUACGACAGGAAAGGGGACCCUGAGGAGAUUUGGCGUUCUCAUCUGAGCAUGGUGCAACAACUAUACAGCACUUUGGCGAAUGCAAGAGUUGGAUUUGGAACGUUCUAUCUGAUGAUGAAGCUAUGGAAGAAUACAACAUUGAAAUAGGGAGUGAAACAAGAUACGAAAGUAUACCUUGAAGCCUACGACAGGCUAUAACCCUGUACCAGAAAUCUGAAAUACAAGCACGACGAAUA